AUGUGGGGUAGAGUCAUCUCAAGGCAGCCCAAAGAGCAUAACGCUAACCACCUCGUUUGGGGCCUAGAUUCACGGAUGGCCUCGACCAAGCCGUCUCCAAAAUCAGGUCGGUACAUGUAUUGUCUUAACCGCCAAUUAUCUGAUUGCCCUAUCGACAGUCUCUCCGACCAGCAGUGUGGGUUGACACAGUUCCUUUUGCCUGCAAUGACACACAAUACAAGCCUACAGGACAGACAAAAGACCUCCACCUCCAGUGCCUGGGCGUGGCCUGAAAAGCGCCACCUCACAUUGUUCUACUUCACAGUUGGCUAUCACAUGUUGUGCAACUCGCUCACGCACUUUUAG